UCCAUGCGGACGGAGCUUCUGCGCUGCGCCUGCACUCAACACUUGGCGGACAUGCGCGCAGGGCAGCCAGUAAUCUACUGCUGCUGCUGACACCACGGAGCUCACUACAUCACAGUCUUCCUCACCCAGUCACGGUGAAGCGGUCUGACUCUGGGAUUCCUUCAGUGCUCGUUCGUGGAAGCGCAUCUGGACCGGAGAGAGUCCCGGGGACGAUUACGCGUGGAGGCGCUCCGCUCUACUUCUCUGUUUGCCUCUGCCCACACAACAGGGAAUAAUUGCACCGGUUAAGGACAGUUCACCUUAAUUGUGACAGAAUGGCUGCAAAGUGCCUUCUGAAGACGCCGAGUAACUUCCAGUCAUCUGCCGUGUUUGAAGGCUCAGAGUCUGUGGAGGUGGAGGGAGGCAGCACAGACAGCACCAUGGCUUCAUCCAUCAGCGCCUGUAAGAAGGUGCUGUGCAGUAACAGUGUGCUGGACUCACCUGAGUACUGGCUGAGGAAUGAGAAAGCUCUGUGCAGACUGGGCCUGCUGGAAGACGACGCAGAGGGCAGCUGCACCACGAUCUGUUUUGUAAACCUGGACUCUCAGAAAACGGACAAAAAUCUCAAGAAACUGGCGUCGGUUUCACCAGAUCUGCCAAAGCUGGUUGAACUACUUACAGUCCACCAGCCGACAGAAAACGAGAUCCUACUGUUCGGUGGCCUAGAAGCUACAGACGCCCGUCAAACACACCCACACUUACCCCCUCAGGGCAGACAGCAGAGAAGCACAGGCGUGUGUCUGGUUCAGUGUUCGGGGCAGAGACGAUCCACCCAGCCGGGAGGCAUCAUCUUUGAGAUCAACAAGUUCCUGAUCGGUUUGCAGUGGGGAAAAGAGCAACAGCAUCAGCAGGGCCGAGCGACUGGGCAGCGGGUUGAAGAUGAUACCAAUCGCUCCAUCUCAUCCAUAGAAGAAGACUUCAUGACCGCUUCAGAACACCUUGGAGAUGACAGCGAGGAUGAUGGAUUCAGGAAUGAGCCAGAGAGUGGUGACCCGGCAGAGACUUUGGUGGAGGUUGCUCAGAAACACUGUGUCGGACUUGCAUGUCAGAGGGGGCAGCUGGCCCAUCAUCAGUCCAGGGAGGUUGAGGUGAAAGGUGAAGGCCAUCACCUUGCAAGCCUCCAUACUAAGGAAUCAGCUGGUCACUAUGCCACCAAUUUGGCUGAAUCAGUACUGCAAGACGCCUUCAUACGCCUCUCUCAAGAUGAGACCUCCUUUGUCUCUGAGGCUGCUGUAAGUGUGUCCCUUGCAAGUCGCCCAGCCAACUUCACUUGUUCCUCACAGACCAAAGAUCGUUUCCAGCAACGCGCCUGCUCUUUUGAACUCCCCAAGAUUGUUAUAGUUCAAAGCCCAGACACUUCAGAUGGCACUGCAGAAUGGCCAGAGACUCAGUUGCCUCACGUGCCCCACCAGGAUACCACAGCCAAACCCAGAGAGAUGUCAGAGAAUGGAGCACACACUUAUAUUCCCCACACCUCUACAUCCAAACAUGUGGAGGUGGCUUUGGCCUGUGCUGCCAGUGUCAUUGGCACCAUUACCACCCCACAACUGACAGAACAGCUUGUCAUGGACUCCGCUUCAGAGGAGGAAACAGAGGAGGAGGAGGUGCAAGACCCAGAGGAAAGAGGUGACUUCUCCCUCUCCUCAGCCAUGUGUGGCAUGGCUCAGGUAGCUGGUGCUGUAGCUGCUGUGGAUAUACAAGUGGAUCCAGGAGAGAGUGCCGAUUGUGACGCACAUUCUGCUGAAGUCUUCACAGCACCUCGAUGUCUGAUGUCUGCUGCUGAAGCCUCAGCAGCCUUUACACUGCACUGCAGUGUGGCAGAGGGCAUCAGUGUUGAAGCAUUUCGUGCCAACAUCGCUGAGGUCCUACACAAGGAAGCAGCAGAAGUGCUGACUCAGCCACAAGGCUAUAAGAGUGUAGCUCACCUGUUGGAGGCCACUCAUAACAAGAUAGUAGAUGGCAUUACUUGCCCCAAAAAAUCUUGCACGGAUGAAAGAGAGGUGGAUGACUUAAUAAAUGAAGUUGCAGACAGUCUAUUUAAGCAUGCUUUAGAGAAAGCACAAAAGAAGAAAGAACUGGAGGGGACUGGAAAAGAUGCACUUAGCCUCCAGGUCUGUCUGCAGGACAGUGUUAACAAUUUGCUUUUUGAUAUCCUUUAUCUCACACAGAAGAAAAUCAGUCACAUCUCUAAAUGUGACCAAGGCUCAUUUGAGACUCAAGAGGAUAGUAAUUGUUCUCUGGAUUCUGCAACGACAAAAGAGAAUAAGGAUCAGUUCCGUCAAUUGCAGUACUUAGUUGACCAUAGCCAGCCCAGUAAGAGUGACAGCCACAGUGGUACAGUGCAGAGCACAGAUAAACUAACCAUGGUUCCUGGACUGAAGGAGAAAUAUAUGCUUGAGGAAAGUGAUCUCACUGGAACUUCCUCUAUAGCAUAUGGUAAAGAGCAACGGCAGCAGCCAUCAUGCAGACAAACUCAAUCAAAAUCCACGUCCUUGGUGACCAGGGGAUUCUCUGACUACCAGCAGAUCCAGCAGGGCAGUGGUGCCAUCAGAGAACCCUUGAGCGAAAUCCCAGUUCACAACACAGAGAGAAGGGGACGCCUGAUCACAGGAAGUGACAACAGACAGGGCUCAUUCACACCCCAGUCUUCCCUCAACUCUUGCAGUUCUCUGCUGUCUUUUAGAAUGGACUCAGAAUCUAGGACACCUAUCACCUGCUACGCAGACGAUUUGGCUGCUACAGUGGUGUCAAUGGCCACAGAGCUGGCAGCCAUCUGCCUGGAGAACUCCACUGGUAAACAACCGUGGUUCUGUGCCCUCAAAGGGGAAUCCACUGAAGGGCCAGAAACGUAUUUAAUUCCAGCCUGCCGCACAGUGCUCAGGAGAAAAGAGGUUCAGAACAACAAUGCUGCCUCCAAGAAACAUCGGGCACCACGCCUCAGUGAGAUCAAGAAGAAAACAGAGGAGCAACCAGAGCUGAUGGAGCGGCUUGUAAACCGGGUGGUGGACGAGUCAGUCAAUCCUGACGAACCACAGGACCCAUUUGCCCUUUUUGCCUCAGAAGUCACAGCCAGGAUCAUGAACUGCCCUGAGCUUAAUGUGGUAGAUACUUCUAAAACAGGCCAGCCACGCAGCAGGUUGCAGUGUGAAAGAUGGAGUCGUGGGAAGGCAUCUAGUUACGAGAGCAUUCCAGAAGAAGAUGCAGACCCCUCAGGCACUCCCAACACACUGGGACCUGGCAGUCGGUUAGGUCAGAACCUGAGUCGUGGUAGCUCAAUCUCUAAGCAAUCCAGCUGUGAGAGCAUCACUGAUGAGUUCUCACGAUUCAUGGUAAACCAGAUGGAGACUGAGGGCAGGGGUUUUGACCUUCUGUUGGACUACUAUGCAGGGAAAAAUGCUAGCAACAUUCUAGCUGCAGCUGUGCAACAGGCUGCAUCAAAGAAAAAUGGUCACCUUAAUGUCAGGACCUCAUCCUGUCUUUCCAAACAGUCCAGCACAGAGAGCAUCACAGAGGAGUUCUACAGGUUUAUGCUUCAGGACAUGGAUAAGGAAAAUAAAGAGUAUGGCAUUGCCAAGACUAAGGAAUGGAGCAACAGCCUGUUUCCCCCUUCUCCGCGGACACCAUUCUGCAUACGACAGUCUUCUGUUCCAGACCGGCGCUCCUCCGACUCACGGCUGACAGUCAACUCUCCCAUUAAAGCCAACUCUUUUGAUGGAUUUGCACGAAACGUGCAUGGUGACACGCUAAAUAUCUACCCCGCUAACUCGGUGUCAGCCAUGGGACUGUGUAAGUCAGACUCCUGCCUCUACAAAAGGGGUAGGACUGACCAGAUUACUGAUAUGCUCAUUCAUGAGACCUGGACCAGCUCCAUUGAGUCUUUGAUGAGAAAGAACAAGAUCAUAGCUGAUGCAGAGGACAGUAUUGAAGUGGAGGCUGCAGGUGAAUACCAGCCUCAUGUGCAGCAUUUUGCCAAUCGCCUGGCAGCUGACAUAGUAGAUAUUGGCAAGUCUGCACUUGGGAGCCAGCAAGAUGUAGCUGGGGGCAUGUGUGGGUCACACCCACUACCUGUUGGUGAAAGGAGGAGGGGGUUCAAACAAUCUCACCUAAGUUGUAGUCGCAGUAGGUCCAGCCAGGAGCAAAGUGGUAUUGGAGUAGGAUCUGGGAGUUGCGACCUCAGCGCCACACACAUGAGGGGCCCCAGAGACGUACCACUGAUACACAUUGAGGGAGAUCAGAAGGAGGAGGAGGAUCUUUUAAACCAUGAAAGGCCUAAUGGAAGACCACAGGAAAUCCCCCAAGAUACGUCCGCCCCCAAGCAUACAGCAAGAGAUGCAGACAAUGGCAGCAGCAGUGAGAGGGACAGGCCAGCUGGGGCAGUGGCUGCAGUAGUGAAGAGGGACAAGCGUUCUAUGAGUGCUAGCAGUGAAGAGAGCAUGGGGAGCUGGUCCCAUAUAACUCCUGAGGAUGACCCCCAUGAGGAGACCAGUAGUUUUAUCCAGCUAAGUGAGGGGACCGGAACAAGCAGCGCAUCCAGCCUAGGUCUCGCAGACCUGGAUACGUUUUCUGAUGUCCCCACUCAGAGCACAUUAAUCAGUGAGGAGACAGAGAAAGGCCAUCUGGCAGGAACCAAAGAGAGUGUGUUUGAGAGCAGCUCAGGGAGAAAGGCAGGCGGCGGCGGAAAACUUAGGGAGCUGUUGGUGGUAAACUGUGACCUGGAGCCCGGCUGUGUGGACGCUGAGCUGAGGUUGGCCCUGCAGUGGAUCGCUGCCUCUGAGCUGGGCCUUCCUGCGCUGUGCUUCAUGAAGUCCAAAGAGAAGAGGGCUGCAAAGUUCCAGAGAGUGGUCCAUCUCAUGUCUCAGAAAGGGUGGCGGGUCGCGGACUUGUUCGGCACAGUGGUCCAGUUCUGUCAGCUCCAAAAGAAAGAGGAAGAUGAGGGCAGGUCUCUGUCCAGCCUAUUUGAUUGGCUCUUGGAGACGCUGUAGGCCAGACAAGCGUCCCCAUGCUGCAAACAAAAACUCAUCCACUUGCACUGCUGACAUGUUACUAAGUGUUUGACUUCCCCUGUGUCAUCACACCAAGCGUCGCCAGCUGCAAACUGAAAGCACAAUGUGAUCAGCGUGUUUGAGAUGUUCACACUGCUCUGUGCUGUCUGUCCACAGCCAUAAAUGGACCAAUCUCCCUUUAAAAAAAAAAAAGCAUGGUUUUGUUCUCAGAUUCACUUGUAGCGUGACAAACUGUGGGUGUACAGGUGAGUCGUUCCUAUCAGGAAUAAACUGGCCUUCCUAAGAUUAUAGUCAGCAGGUUUUAACUGCUCCAGAACAUAUAAAUAUGUAUAUAAAUAUAUUUAAAUUUUCUCUUCAGUUCUCCCCACUGCUCCACCCACACUCAAACCUUCUGUUGUAAAAAUGGAGGCAGUUGAAAUGUCAGAGCAGACGUGCUCACUUUCUUCUCACUGCACAUUUUGCUUAACGUUCUUCGUUGUGGUCAGUGGACGUUGACUUUCAGCUCCGAGGAUGUUUAUCUUGUUCAUGUUAGUUGAGAACUGUUUAUUUUUGGAUAGCAGUACUGUACAUACUGUAGAUUUGGAACUGUAGCACAAGUGGAGCUGCUCCCUUUAGCUUUUACUACUGUGUGUCAGAAAGACGGAGUAAGGUUUGUAAUGUUUGUAUGUGAAUUUUGGUCUGGUUCUCCCUCUCUCUCUCUCUCUACUUAGUGGUAUUGUAGUGUAGUGUGGGAAAGCACACAAAUCAACUGUAAAAUACGUCAAGGUAGAACUGAAUGUAUUUAUCUUUUGACAUCAAUAAAUUUGUGUGACGUGAAA